UCAGGAUUGAAGUCCAAUAUUUCAAUAACAAAGCUAUAUUGUCAACUACGCCCACUUGUUAAUUUCACAUAACUCUCCCCUAGUAUCUCCCUCUUCCUCUCAUAUUACCAAAUCACGUGUCUUCUCUUAAUCUUACUGCUACUAUAACAAUAAAUAAGCACUAUAUAUAUAUGAAUACAACUACAACUUUAUUGGUAUCAAAUAAUUAAGCAAGCAAGGAUGAUGAAGCUCUCUGUCCUCACCAUUCUCUCUCUGAUGAGCAUCCUAUCCCAACCCCCACUCUCUCACUCCAUUAGGUGCAACCCUCAAGACAAACAAGUCCUCCUCAAAAUCAAGCAAGCCUUCAACAAUGCCUACCACUUCGCUUCGUGGAACCCCGACACUGACUGCUGCUACUGGUACAUCGUCAAGUGCGACCGCAAGACCAACCGCAUCAUCGACCUCAACGUCAUCACCGCCAACAUCUCCGGCCCCAUCCCCGACGCCGUCGCCGACCUCCCCUUCCUCGAAUCCCUCACUUUCCACAAGAUAGCCAAUCUCACCGGCACACUCCCACGGGCUCUCACCAAGCUCACCCACCUCAAAAGCCUGACCAUCAGCUGGACUAACAUAUCAGGCCCUAUCCCAUCCUACGUCAGCCAAUUCAAAAACCUCACGUCCCUCGAUCUCUCCUUCAAUGACCUGAGCGGCCCCAUCCCUGCGUCCCUGGCCCAGCUCAGGGGCCUCACCGGCCUCAUGCUGGACCGGAACAAGCUCACGGGGAGCAUCCCAGAGUCUUUUGGGGAGCUCCCCGCGAGCUUGCAGUACUUGGACCUGUCCCACAACCAGCUGUCGGGGAGUAUCCCGAAGGGGUGGGGCGGGCUCAACUUCACGACGCUCCAGCUGCAGCGGAACAGGAUCGAAGGGGACGCAUCGGCCCUGUUCGGGAGGAAUAAGAGCAUACAGAAUGCUGACCUGUCGAGGAACAUGCUGGAGUUCGAUCUGUCCAAGGUUGAGUUUCCGGACAGCUUGAGAUACUUGGACUUGAACCAUAAUAGGAUAUUCGGCGCCUUGCCGGCGGGACUGGCGGGGGACACGCUCACGUUUCUCAAUGUCAGCUAUAACAGGCUUUGCGGCCGGAUUCCGGCAGGCGGGGUGCUGCAACAAAUGGAUUACUCAUCGUAUUUUCAUAAUAAGUGUUUGUGUGGAGCACCCUUGCCCGACUGUAAAUCAUCCCUGCAAUAAACUAAAGUUAAUUGUCGUGGAUUUUCUUUU